AUGUCUGCGGGCGCGGCGAGGCCGACUGUGCCUCUGUUCGUCUACGGCACGCUGCAGCGCGGGGAGAACAACUACGCGUGGUGGCUGGCGGACCCCGACCACGCCACCUUCGUCGCGACGGCGCGGACGCGGCGGCGGUACCCGCUGUUCGUCAACCUGUUGCCGGACGGCGACGGGUGCUCGCCCUGCCUGCUCGACCUUCCCGCGGAGGGCGACGGCGCCGCCAGCGACGACUCCGGCGCGACCCCGCCGCAGUUUGUGGUGGGGGAGUUGUUUCUCGUGACGCCGGCGCUGAAGCGCUGCCUGGACGUGCUUGAGGGCGUCGCCGACGGCGUGUACGCCCCCGGCGAGAUCGACGUGGUGCCGCUGGACAACGCGCAGGCGGCCGCAGCGGUACUGCACGCCUGCGGCGGGGAGGCGGCGAAGGCGCUCGUGUACUUCCGUAAGAGGAACUACCCGCCCGACUGGAACAGUCCCACUCCGGCCAGCAGCAGCAGGCUCAUGCGACGGUUUUCCGCGGCGGCGUGCCUGCGUCUGUACGGCUCACGCUUUGCCGGUUUUCCCGCCCACCUGCGCUUCGCGGCAGAAAUGCGAGACGGUCUUCAAAAGGUGGCUGGGUGCCCCUUCGACGUGGCCUGUGGGGUGCCGCUGCGUCCCGCGCCCGUUGUGCUCUUCAUCAUCGACGGCGUGGGCGACGCCACGUACGCCGAGCUCGGGCACCGCACACCGCUGGAGGUGGUGGCCGGGGUCCCCCCGCGGAGGCUCGCGGGGGGAGCGCCGGCGCCCCCGCCCCGCGUCACGGAGCAGUACGCCUCCCCCGGCAUUAACGUGGUCGCUAGGCACGGGGUGAGCGGGCUGAUGGACGUCGUCGAGGCGGGCGUCAGUUGCGGCAGCGACACCGCCCACCUCGCCCUCUUCGGGCACCCGCCGACGCAGUACUAUAGGGGACGCGGCGCUUACGAGGCUCUCGGGGCGGGCAUGGCCCUGGAGGACACCGAUGUAGCCUUCAAGAGCAACUUCGCCGUCCUCGACGUGCGCACCGGGGUUGUCACGCACCGCCGCUGCGACCGCGACUUCACGCUGGAGGGUCCCGUGCUAUGCGAGUACCUCGACGGGACUCUGAUCGCAGGCGAUGACGCGGGCCCAUUCAAGACGGCACACGCGUUGAAGGUGGAGUACGCCACGGAGCACCGCUGCGGCGUCGCCAUCACCGGGGAGGGGCUCUCGCACCGCAUCACGGGCACCGACCCCCUGGCAGACGGUCGCCCACUGCUGGAGUGCAAGCCCACGGUGCCGCCGGACCACGCGGAGUACGAGGCCGCCGCCUACACGAGUCGCGUGGUGAACGCGGCAUCGCGGCGCAUUAUGGAGCUGCUUCGCCACCACCCGAUCAAUGAGGCCCGGCGGAGGGAAGGGAAGAGGAUCGCCAACGUGCUGCUACUGCGGGGGGCUGCAAGCAAGGGAUGGGUGCCGCCGUUUGCCGUGCGUCACGGUCUUGUUGGCUUUAUUGUUGCCCCCACCUGCAUCAUCAAAGGCCUCGGCAUCUGCUGCGGCCUGAAGUCGGUGGACGCGGAGGGGGCAACUGGCGAUUACCGCACGGACGUCAACGCCAAGGUGGAAGCGGCACUGCGGGAACUCGGGCUUCUGGACGCCGUGGACGGGGCCGCAAGGGAGGAGGGGGCGGCCCGCAGCAUGUUUGCCGUCAUUCACGUCAAGGGCGUCGACGACGCCGGCCACGACAAGAGCCUUGAGAAGAAGCUCAUGAUGCUGCAGCGAUGCGGCGCGGCCCUCCAGCGGCUGUGGGUUGCCCUGCCGGACGGCGGCACUGUGGCGGUGCUCGCGGAUCAUUCCACGCCCGUUUCGAUUGGCGACCACAGCUGUGAGCCUGUUCCCGUGUCCGUGGCGACGAAGGGGGCCCAUUUCCGUGAUGGCGUGGAGCACUACAGCGAGGUGGAGAGCAGCCGUGGGGCACUGGGGCGCUUUCGAGGUGAGGAGCUGCUGGGCGUGGUGAAGCGCGCCCAUUACUGGUACCACUACCUCCCACCGCUCGGGCACCGUAACUUUGGGGACAACUAA